ACAAGAAAAGGUUAUUAAUCUAUACUAUACUAAAAGCAAGAUAUAGAGAGCAAAGAAGCUGUCCACAUCACUAAAAAUAUUCCUCCAAUCAGAACAUUUCAUUUGGACAUGUCAGAUGGGCUUCAGUCUAUUGAGUUACGUUUGGGCCUCAGGUGCAUAUGUUUUUUCGCUGGACUUUGUUUAGUAAAAUCCACAAAUAACAAUCGUUCUUCCUGCCAAAUUAUAUUAUUCUGGUCAUCUGCGGCCCAAUUAAGUAAAAAAACCCUAUCGAUUCUCUUUUUUUUUGACUCCAUCUUCUCUGUUUCUUCUUCAUUCAAUCUCUGUUACUGAACCUCAACUGUUAUCCAUGUUCUUCAAUACCCUCUUAAGGAAUUCCUUCCACCUCUUCUCGAAAAAACGAAAAAGAAAAUCCCUUUCCUCCACCUUAUGGCCAGAUGGUGAGUCAAAGGUCUUAAUCGCCGAGAGAGACGGUUUAGUCGGCGAGCUAAUGAAAUCAAUUAGAAGAGACUCCGAUUCGAGCUUAAUCAAAGCGACGCUAUUCUGCUUGAUCGCAAUCAGCUCACCGAGGCGCGUGAAACUCAAUCUAAUCCGAGAGAAGCUCAUCAAGGGUCUUACGAAGCUGUUAACGGAUCCAACGACGGCGAGCGUUUCGAUGACGGAGAAAUCUUUGAAGCUUCUCGAGGGUUUAGCAUCCACAAAGGAAGGCAGAUCGGAAAUCUGCGGAGGAGACGGCGAGUGUUUGAAGACGGUGGUUAAGAAGCUGAUGAAAGUAUCGACGGCGGCGACGGAGCACGCCGUGACGGUGCUUUGGAGCGUCUCUUAUCUUUCACGGAUCCAACGAGCGAGUGUUUCGGUGACGGAGAAAUCUUUGAAGCUUCUCAAGAGUUUAGCAUCCACAAAGGAAGGCAGAUCGGAAAUCUGCGGAGGAGACGGCGAGUGUUUGAAGACGGUGGUUAAGAAGCUGAUGAAAGUAUCGACAGCGCCGUGACGGUGCUUUGGAGCGUCUCUUAUAUUUUCAAAGAAGAGAAGGCGCUUGAAGCGGUUACGAGUACUAACGGCGUUACGAAGAUCCUGUUACUAUAUAUGAGUACUAGAACUAUAAAUUUUUUCUACUUGAUGCUUUUUACCGUUUUGAGUUCUUGGUUUUAAGAUUCAUAAAAUAACCGAAGGUUUGGUGCAGAAGGAUGUUUUAACCAUCUAGGCGUUUUGCAUGUUCAAGGUAUAAGUUUCAGUUAUGUGUAAAAAAUUGUAAUUUUCUUUUCAGCUGAAUGAUUGCAUAGAUAAUUGUAAUACUGUUCUAAGUUGUUAAUGUAGUGAUUUCAUGCUUUUUUUUGUUCAUUUCAUGCUCUCUUUACAGGGAUGAUGAUACUUGGAAAGCUUGGCUUAAUGUUGAUAACUCUAUGCUCCAGCUCCACAACUACUAUAUUCUAAUGCUGAAGUCACACAUUUAUAUCAUUAUGCUUACGAGUUGAGAGCUGCUCUUCACUUUCUCUAAGGUGAAAAAAAAAGGAUUGAUUGUGGAGCACCAAAAGUUUUAAUGUCUUUUAGUUUCCCAGAAAAUAAUUAACUAUGCAGCCAUUAAAAGUAGUAAUUUGGACUAAUCUUUGGAAACUAAAUAUAACAAUUUAUCUAACAGAAAAAAACAUUUGAAUAUUAAAGUUUCGAUUUUUGUCUAUUAAUGUUAGAACCAAUACAAAAUCACUGGCAAAAAAACAAGAAAAAUCAACUUGAUUAAAAUAUUAAUUCCAUGAAAAAUUUAAAGACAAUGGAAAUCAUGUAAAUAUUUCAACUAACAGAACAAGAUGAUGUCUUAAAAAUAAAAUUAAUAUCAAUAUAAUGUGUAUAUAAAUCAUUAUAAGAAGUAACUUGAAGGAGAUGAACAUUUUUUAGACACUAUAAAAAAUUAUAUCAUUUAAAAAAAACAAUCAUAGAACAAAAUGGAAAAUAACAAUAACUAAACAGUGAGUACAUAACUGAACAUAUAAAAAAGGACUAGAAAAACAUAUAAAUAGAAAAAAUAACUGAAGACAUAAAUAACUAACAAACUUAAUAUAAUUAAAACAUAUUGAAAAAAUGUCUGAGAACAUAUAAAUGGAAAAUACAUAUAACACAAGAACCAAACCAAAAAUGAAUGAACGUUUUUUAUCAUAGGUCCACAUUUGAACAACCAACUAUUUAAGAUGAAAUAUAUAUAUAUAUUCACAAAACUAUCGAACAUCAAAGAGCGAAAAAAUUAUUUUGGUACGAAACGUUAGUCUUAAAAUAUAUAAUGAUAAAAACCACAUUAACUAACUAUAUAUAAUAUAUUAUAAAUUAAUCAACACAAUGCAUGAAAAUUAAUACUCGCCAUAAGAUUUUUAACAAUAUUUUACUUUAACAAUUCCAUAAUAAAUAUUUGAAGCUUCAAAUGAUAAUUAACAAAAAAAAAACUAAAAUACAUAAACAUCA